CAAACCUUAAAAUCAUGAUAAUAUUGUUUAAAAAAUCUAACUCUAGUGAUCCUCAAAACCCUAUAUAAGAACACAUAGAGAGAGACAUAUAAAACAGAACAAGUUUCUAAAAGAGAGAUAUGGUGAGUGUGGAAACAAGUCUUCCUCUUCAGCUUCCGGUCAUCGAUUUCACAAGUCCAAACCUAAAACCAGGAACUGUCGAGUGGGACUCCGUGAGAGGCGAUGUCCGAAAAGCCCUAGAAGAGUACGGAUGCUUCGAGGCCUUGUUCGAUAAAGUCCCCAUCGAACUUCGAAAGGCGGUUUUCGAUGCUUCUGAGGAGGCUUUUCGGCUGCCAUUAGAGACCAAACAGAGAGUUGCGUCGAGAAGAAAGUACAGAGGAUACUUUGGUCAGAUUCCAACUUUACCUCUUUUCGAAGUCUUGGGCGUUGAUUUUGCAGAAAACGAAGAUAAAGUCAAUGAGUUCACUCGUAAGCUUUGGCCACAAGGAAACACAAGUUUCAGCGAGGCGGUUAUGUCAUUCACGGAGAAAGUAUCAGAACUUGACUUCAUGACAAGGAGGAUGAUAAUGGAGAGCUUCGGGAUCAAUGAAACUUACAUACAGAAACAUUUGAGUUCGACGAAAUGUCUCAUGAGAAUGAUGAAAUACCAAGGAGUUGAAGAAACAGAGGAGGAGUUAGGUAUGGAGGCUCAUACAGACAGAAAUGUACUUACCAUACUUUGCCAGAACGAUGUAAAAGACGGACUUGAAGUGAAAAGCAGAGAUGAUAAGCAUUGGAUCAAAGUCAAUCCUUCCCAAGAAUCUUCAUUCAUCGUUCUUGGUGGAGCUACGUUGCAUGUACUUAUGAAUGGUCGUGUGCUCACUGGGUUUCACCGUGUGAUGAGGAAUGGAACGAACACGAGAUUAUCAGCUGGAAUGUUCUCUGUUCCGAAAACAGAGGAUUUGAUAUAUGCACCAGAGGAAAUGGUUGAUGACGAGCAUCCUCGCUUGUUCAAGCCAUUUGAUUUUGAAGCAUACUUUCAGUUCACCACUGAGGGACCUGGAAGGAGAGAUCUUGCUGCGCUCAGGGCUUACAGUGGCCUUUGAGCAUAUUAUAUACCCUAAAAAUAAUAAUGUAUUUUCACCCCAAAUAAGAAGAGAACUUGUAUGAUUUGCUUCUGUGUUGUCUCCAACUUUCCAUGUAAACCCAUCUCCAUCAGAAUAAUAAAGAUAAAUUUCCAAUUUAAA